AGUAAACGAUCGGGUACAUGUAAUACUAUAAAUUCUAGUUGAAAUAAUUAUAAGUAAGGAGUUGUCUUGUUUCCCGAUCAAUUGUUGGACUAUGGAUAAUAGUCAGCCAAGAGAAGAAUGCGAUGAAGUUGGUCAAGGCGACUCGCAUAUCGACAAGUUUCAACUGCAGAGGGAAAUAUUAACUGUAUGCUCAACAGUUUUCAUCGACAAAAUACAACCAGUUGAACUCUGUGUUCAUCUGUCUGAUAUCAUCGGUAAAGCUGAAGAAGAUAAAAUAAAAGCUGCUACAGAUGAGAAAGGACCACGUAAAGGAGCAGAGCUCUUGCUGAGUUUUGUUUUAGAAAGUACGGAUCCUGGCUGGUUCACAGUGUUUGUUAAUGGACUGAGGGAAACUGGUAGUGAAACCGCACUAGGAAUAUUAGAAGACUUUAAAGCACUGAGUGAUUUUUCCCAGCAUGUAAAUGGGAUGAAAUAUGAUCUUAACUCUGUGCGCUUUGAGGACUUGCAUGAGAAGCAUUUACGUGUAUUUAGACCUCAUAUCAUAGAGUACCUGGAACCAAUCCAGUUACUUCCACAUCUGAUCCAGAGAGGUGUGUUGUCAAACAGCACUGUAGACAGGAUCAGAGCAGAGACACGGAACAAAGGCAGGUUUUAUGGCAGCUUGAUGCUACUCAGACACUUGCCCACUCUCAAGAAUACCUGGUACACUGACUUCCUGUAUUCUCUCUGGGACAGUGGAAAUCAAAAAGAUAAAGAACUGGUGCAGCUGAUAGAUCCAGAUUUCAAUCCAGAUUGGAAGCAGUACCAGACCAGCCAGAAGAGGACAGUCACCAAGGAGAUUGCUGGGGACACUAUUGAUGCUGUGCCUCCUAAAUGCAGGAAAUACGGCAGUGCUGAUGAAGGCAGAAAUAUCACAGGUGCAGAAGUUGAACAAGUGUCUCUCAAGUUGAGUGAUUUGAACAUAACAGAUGAACUUAGUCUGCGUAAUUAUCAGCAUGAGCUAGCAGAGCCUGCCCUGAGAGGGCAGAAUUGUAUCAUUGUGGCCCCCACAGGAAGUGGUAAAACUAGGGUAGCAGCACACAUUGUGGCAGAACACUUGAAACAAGGAGCUGAUAGAAAAGUGGUGUUUAUGGCUUGUAAAGUUCCACUGGUUCAACAGCAGUACCAACUAUUCUGUCAAUUAUUUGAAAAAUAUGAAUUGAGGGUACUGAAAGUGUGUGGAGAUGAUGAGUCAAAUAAAUUUCUGCACCAGCUGAUUUCUGAGUUUGACAUCAUUGUGUUGACCCCGCAGAUCUUGGAAAACCACUUGCUAGAAAACACCAUCUCUUCUCUGGACGUGUUCUCCUUGCUGAUCUUUGAUGAAUGCCAUCACACCCAGAAAGCCUCUGUGAAGAAGACCCACACAUCCUCUGUCACAGCCCAAGAUGACCACCCAGAAUUCUCCCCACUGACCCUCAUGUUACGGCGGUUGACCAGUGAGGAUGACCAACAUGUCCAGCCAUGCUAUGGACGGUCCAGGCACUCCAGUAGGACCAGUAGUACCAGCGACAGCAGGGACAGUUCUGAAUUGUAG